AUGCAGGAUCGCACGGGCAAAGUGAGGCCUGGGUGGACAAAGUCUACAAUCAACGAUGCCACACCCAGCUUUGAAAAGCUUCGAGUCGAAAGCGAGCUUCCUGUGUCGCAGGCAUCAAGGACAGGCGGACAUGGGCCCAGGGUUCCAGAGCUAAAGGCCAGCAUGGACGUGGCCAUCUGUGCGAAACUCUUUGGAAGCGAUAACAGCUCCAAACGCAGGAAGUCCAUCGCCAGAAGCGCCGAACCCACGCGGGUCAUGGAGCGGGCCAAGGGUGCACUGCCUGAGCUCAAGAAAUCCAAGGCAGGAGCCGAAACCUCCGGCCGAGCAAAACUCCGCAACAGCACCGCGCUGUCCGAGUGCGCAAGGUCCGAGACCGACGGGAUGAAGCCCGAGCGCCCACCUCCUGGAGUCAGCAGCAAGGGCUCGGGUUGGGAACAGGACUGCAAAGGCAAAGCGGAGCCCGACUUCAAGGAGUCAGGAGCUGGCGAAGAGGCGUCUGAUCUGCCAAAACUCCUUGUUGACGGUGUGGACCCCAAUCUAGCAAGAUCGAGAGCCAACAGUGGGAAGCCUGAGCGCCCGCAAGUAGGAACCGACGGAGUGGGUGCCAAGCGGCCCAUGGAACGCAGCAGCAUCGCAAAGCCCAGAUGCAGAAAGUCGAGGACUGAUGACGCGCUGCCAAGCUAG